AUGUGCAACGUGUACCGUCGGUUCGUGAAGGGCUUCGCGAAAAUAGCAGCCCCGCUAAACCGGAAGACGGGGAAAAAUCAACCCUUCGAGUUUGAGGUUCUUACCGAUGAGGAAUACGAGGCGUUCGUGGAACUCAAGAAGCGCCUCGUGUCCCCACCGAUCCUCGCUCUACCCCGUUACGGAAAGAAAUACACCCUGGACACGGACGCUUGCGCGUACCAGGUCGGCUGUGCCCUACUACAGGAGCAGCCGGACGGCGACCGCCUACCGAUCGGUUAUUGGAGCCGCGCUCUCACGGACGCGGAAAGGAACUACACCACUACCGAGAAGGAAUGCCUCGCCGUCGUAUGGAGUAUUCUCACGCUUCGACCAUACCUGUAUGGGAAUACGUUCGACCUCCGUACGGAUCAUGAGGCCCUCCGCUGGGUUCUCAACCUGGCGAAUAGCUCCGGCCCGCUAGAGCGCUGGCGUCUCCGCCUAGCCGAGUACGACUACGACGUACAGUACCGGCCGGGUAUUAAGCACCAACUGGCGGAUGGUGUAUCACGCCUCGGAGUUGACGGCGCAACCCCCGAACCGGUUGACGACGAGGUCCCGUGUUUCGCGGUACAAUGGCAAGAGGAGGAGCAUAACCCCCGCCAAGGUACCGUACACUGGGAGACCCCCGUCGACCCGGGGAGAGUUGAGCAUGCGUUCGCGGUUAUACCCGAAGAACGCGACGUCUCACCCGUAACGGUGGAAGAGUUCCUUCGGGAACAGGCCGAGGACCCCUUCUGUAGGGCGGCCGCCGAGACUGUGGGGAACCCGGACUCGCGAUACGACGUUGACCGAUACGGGUUCGUCGUCCGCAAGUCCCCCCUCGAUGGGACCCUGCAGCGGGUUGUACCGAAGCGGCUCCGGGCGAAGAUAUUGUACCUCGCCCAUCAUCCCCGCCUAGCCGGACACCCGGGCGGUACGAGGAUGUACUAUACCCUCCGGCGGGAAUAUUAUUGGCCUCAUAUGGCCAAUGACGCCUUCAGUACCGUACGGAAUUGCGCGUCAUGCGCUGCCCCCCGGGGAACCCUGGUGAGGCACCAGAAGGAUCUCAAGCUGUUCCCAGCGGCAGGACCGCUGGAUUUCGUCGCCAUGGACCUGCUGGGUCCUUUACCGAAGACGGCGCACGGGAAUCGCCACGUGCUCGUCAUGACCGACCGGUUUACGAAGCUGACGCGCAGUAUCCCGUUACGGACAACCACCGCGCACUACCUGACUACCGCCUACCACCCCCAAACAAAUGGGCAAACCGAACGGUUCAACCGUACUCUGGUACAGCGCCUCCGACAUUAUGUCGCGGAGCACCAGAGGGACUGGGACGAAUACAUCCAGCCCCUGACCUUCGCGUAUAACACGCAGGUCCACCGGUCAACGGAGACAACCCCGUUCGACCUGGUGCUGACGCGACCACCGUCCGGUUUGGCGCUGCCCGGUACUGUACCGCAGGAUGCCGUCUCCAACACGGAAGAUCCGAGGACCCCGGUACAGUACAAGCGCGCGACGCUGCGUAAACUCCGCGACGCCCUUGAGCGCGCGCGGGUGAAGCUAACCGCGGCGCAAAGGCGAUACCAGGCCGACUUCGAUAAGAAGGUGCGUUUCCGUCCGGUCAUCGAGGUGGGAGACCUGGUCUAUGUUGACCGCCCACCUCGGCCAUUGACGAGUACCGAACGGGGAGACCUGCCAAGUAAUGACGGGGGACCCUCCGUCAAGCUGUUGCCGAAAACGGAAGGCCCGUUUCGGGUCCGAUCCGCUACGGAGACCACAGUGGUCGUCGAUCAAGACGGAGUCUCAAACCGCGUGAGCAUCGAUCGGAUAACCCGGAUGCCGCGGGGACCCCGCGACGUCACUACGGCCGCCCCGACCCAGCCCGCGGCGGCCGGAGAACCCGAACCCGCCGCGGAGUAUGUGAUCGACCAUCUGGUCGGUCACCGGGAGAACCGCACAGGGGCCCAGUAUAAGGUCCGCUGGUAUGGCUACGCCCCAGCGGACGAUACCUGGGAACCCGCGGAGGGACUCCCCAAGGGCUUCAUAGACCGCUUCUGGCGCACGCGGGCGGCAGCACGCCACCGCUAA